AUGGCUCAAGAUUCUACUUCUCCCGUUAAAACCACUAAAUCUCUUGACGAUUACGUCUUAUUAGGUCGUAGCAGAUUGAGAGUUUCUCCGUUAUGUCUUGGCGCUAUGACUUUUGGAGAAACAUGGGGAGGCUCAAAUAAAGAAGAAUCAAAAAAAUUUUUUGACCUUUAUUAUGAAAAAGGCGGAAAUUUUUUUGAUACCGCUUGUAAUUAUCAGUUUGUUGAAAGUGAACGUUUUCUUGGAGAUUAUGUUUCCGAUAAACGAUCCGAUGUUGUGAUUGCAACAAAAUAUUCGUGUAAUACGACUGCUUUGCAAAAGGAUAAGAGACUCAAUCCGAAUUUCGGAGGAAAUCAUCGAAAGAGUCUUGUAGAAAAUUUAGAUGGUAGCUUGAAACGAUUGAACGUGAGUUACGUUGAUAUUUUAUAUGUUCAUGUUUACGAGUAUCGAACUCCAAUUGAAGAAUAUAUGAGAGCAUUAGAUGACGUCGUUCGAAGUGGAAAGGCUUUGUACGUUGCCGUAAGCGAUAUUCCAGCUUGGGCACUUUCUCGUUCAAAUACUCUUGCUGAAUUACGUGGAUGGAGCCCUUUCAUUGGACUUCAAACACGCUAUAAUUUGUUGGAUCGUUCAUUAGAAUUUGACUUACAAACAGCUUGUGCCGAGCACGAAGUUGGAAUCAUCCCGUGGGGUAUCGUAGCAGAAGGUUUUCUUACCGGAAGAUAUACGAGAGAAUCAACUAAAUCUCACUCAAUUACUAAGUUUGAAAACGAAUCGAAAAUGGUAGACGAAUAUCGCAGUCUAUCAAUUCAAAGUCAUUCAAAAUCUGAAAAAAAUUGGGAAAUUUUAGAUGAAGUUAUUGCUAUUUCAAAAGAAAUUAACAGAUCUCCCGCUCAGGUUGCCAUGAAUUGGAUUCAACAAAAACCUGGGGUUACUUCUUCCAUAAUUGGUGCUAGAACAUUUGCUCAACUCGAAGAUAAUCUUAAAUCACUUGAAUUCAAAUUGACACCUGAACAAAUGAAAAGACUUGAUGAUGUUUCUCAACCAACUGGACGUGAAAUUCCAUUUCCUUAUUCAUAUCAUGACCAAUUUGAUACAUUUAUUGGAAAAAAUAUACAAGUUCCAAAUAAAUUUGCACCUAUUUCGACUACAUAUAAUUUUGGAAGAUUAGAUUAA